AUGCUUAUCCUGAACAUGUUGCUACCUGAGUGGCUUCAGGCCUGUGAAGAUGACUGUGUGCAGACUUGCCAAGAGAUGUCAGGAGAUGGACAGUAUUGUUCUGUGAAAGAAAUGGAAGAAACGACUGAAGAGCUGUCGGCGAGGCCGGACGAGUUCCGCGGGGUAACGGACGCGAUUAGAAGUGAUACAUCAGGGAUUCUGGAUGAGACCAUUCCACUCAUUAAAGACAAGGUGACGGAAAUGAACCACAUCUAUGCGAAAGUUGAUAAAUUAGAGGCAUUUGUUAAAAUGGUUGCACAAUACGUUUCCUUCCUAGAAGAGCAAGUGCUUGAAGCAGAGAAGAGCCAUGGCACCUUUCUUAAUACUGUUUGCAAAUUGUUUCAGUGUGCAACUAUCUCAUCAUUUAAAAACAGACAACCUCUAUCAGCAGCACGUCCCUACAACCUGCCAAAACUCUACCGGACAGAAGACUUUUUUCCCAUGAGCUAUGAUUUUCAAUAUCCUCCAAAGAGAUCAGUCUAUCCAGUGAGAAAGCAGUGAACACAGAUGGCCUGGCAGAGCUCUGGAGGACUUGGUAAUAAAAGAAAAGAAAGGUAUGAAGGUAGCAAGCUGGGAUUUACCAAACAGGAAUGUGGCAUUUGCAUGUAAUAAAGCAAAUAUUUACAUUAAGCACAA